UAUGUCAAUCCGGCAGAAACUGUCUUCAUGCUAUUCUAUUGUGUAAUGAAUUUCGUUAAAAUAUCAUUUGGAAUACUUUUGUGUUUCUUGUACUUGUGUGUUAAAAGCAAUGCAAAGAUCAAAUAUGACUAUGAAAUACUUGACCUUGAAGCUAUAUCCUCAGAUGAUAACUUAUUUAAUGUCACCUCAAGAAUUGAAUACGGUGAACUAGGUAAGCAAACAGCUUCGCUAUUCGUAGAUUGGAAAUGCGAUACUGACGAAAAAACAAUGAUCGGAAUGAAAGUUUAUUUUUGUCGGAACGGACGGGAAGACGCCUUUCGUGAGAUGCCAUAUAAUAUACCGGACAUUUCAUUUUACCAAUUUCUAGACCACUAUUAUAUGAAACUCUUUUAUCCCGAUUACGCCAGUUGCUCGAACCUACCGGCAUUCGAUAAAUUUGUGCCACCAUGGAACAAGACGAUUUACAUAAUUAAUAAAUGUAAACCUGAGGGAGUUUCUUGGCCAGAAGUAUUGCCCAGUGGCUACUAUAGAAUUGUGAUUAAACUAAUAGCACAAGCAGAACUUGUCAUUUCAAUUUCUGUUAAAUUAACAUCAAGAGGUUUAAUGUAA